AUGUAUUUCAAUAUUGUUUUUAAGGAAAAACGCGUGGAAGUUGCUCGGAAUAGUAAGCUAAAGGGCAAAGACCCUGUCGUCGAUGAAGAAAUGAAAGAAGAUGAGGAAGGGCGAUCGCUGUCUUGGGAUGACAGUGAAGAAUCUGUUUUUGACGGGGAUGCAUAUGAAGAUGUUGAAGAUGAUGAAUAUGAGGAUGAGAUAUAUGAGGACGAAGAAUUCGAGGAUGAAUUAUGCCAGAGAACAGUGAAACGUGCGCCAAAGAAAAGGCAAUCUGCUAAAAGCAGGAGGGUUAUUUCAUACGAUGAAGUAGAGGAGGAAGAAGAUAUAGAAGAAGAAGACGGUGAAUAUAUGGAUGGUGGGUAUGAAGAUGAAGGAGAGGAUGUUGUUGUUCGCGUUCAGAAAAGAGGGAAGAGUUGGAAGGAGGUCGGGCAGAAUGCUUUGAAGAAGAAGGCACAUCUGCAGAUGAUGCGGAAGAGGCGUAGAGAGGAUUAUGAUGAUGUUGACGAGGGAAGGAGACCUGUGAAGAAGACGAUACUUCCUGCGAUGGAGCAGAUGGGUAGGAAGUUUGAUGAAACAGGGGUAGCAAAAGGAAAGCCCCCUGCAAAACAGAAGGCAAUCAGAGGGAAUAACAGGAGGAUGUUUGUGCGGGUACCGAUUCCCAAACAUCCUAUGUCUAGGGGUGAGUAUGCGAAGUUUCACGGCGUGGUAGUUGCUACUCAGCGGGCUAAUUGUGGCCGGAAGGUCUAUGUUCCAGUUGUGGACAACGGACAUUGGUGGUGUGUUGCUUUUGCACUGAAAGACCAGAAGAUAUGGUUCAUUGACAGCAUGUAUACUAAUCCUGCUUCCGAGCAUUCUGGGGAUGUUAAAAAAUUGAUAGCAGCUGUGGAGUACGUUCUACAUUGGAGGGACACGCAGUAUCAUGCAGCUCUUGUUUGGAAGUUGAAGCAAAUGCAUACUUGGCCCUUGGACUCCAUUAGCUUCCCUGACUACAACGACAAUCAUGCGUGUGGAAUAGUAAUGCUUAUGGCUAUCCAGGAAAGUGCAAGGGCAUUUACAAAGACGAUGCAAGUGGGGGACAUCAAUGUAGCUCGGAAGGCACUGUUUUUGUCUCACUUGAAUUCAGAUUUCAACUCCUGCCGCCCGCUUCUUCCCCAAAUCGUUGCAACCCACUGCCCAUUGUUGUCUUUUGAUACUCACAUUAUUCCUAGGAGAUGGGAUUCAUUGCUUGCAGGUUGUUUGGUACCGUUAUUAGAAAAGUUUGGGUACAAUCUACGAGUUUGGUACAGCCUGAACUUUGUUCCGGCUUUGCAUGAUCGUGUGAAGUAG